AUGGCACAGACAUACGGCGUAGCUCCGGCAGACGACCAUGAGGACGCGCAGCGUCCCGUUGACGGCGUUGGCGAAAGCGAUGCCUUGCUUGGUGCAGAUGCGAGUGCAAGGAAGCCAAAACGAGAGGGCCAUGCCACAUUGUCGAGCUCAGUAGGGAAUUUGGCGAACACAAUUAUUGGGAGUGGAAUGCUUACCUUUCCCCUGGCGAUGGCGUCUGCGGGCAUGAUUCCUGGCAUGAUUACAUGUCUCUUCUCCGGCGGAGUCGCAGCGUUUGGCUUGUACCUCUUGUCAUUAUGCGCCGUAAAAGCACCCCAUCGUGGGGCCUCCUUCUUUGCCAUCGCAGAGAUUACCUUCCCUAGAGCCGCUGUCUUCUUUGACGCUGCUAUUGCUACAAAAUGUUUCGGCGUUUCCAUCAGCUAUCUCAUCAUCAUCAAGUCUCUGAUGCCCAAUGUUGUGGCGGCUUUCUAUCACGAUUUGAGCACGCGCGAGCCUCCAACAUGGGCCCAGUCAGGACGUGUCUGGAUUGUCAUCCUGAUGGCGUUUUUGUUCCCUCUGUCCUUCAUGAGGAAGAUAGACAGCCUCAGACACACGAGCUAUAUCGCACUCUUUUCUGUGGCUUACCUCGUCGUGGUUGUUGUGGUCUGCUACUUCAUUCCCAUUGAGGGCACGCAGGCACCAGGCGAAAUUCAUCUGAUCCGUUUCACACCAGAUUUCGUGUCAACAUUCCCUGUGCAAGUCUUUGCAUUCACAUGUGCACAAAACAUAUUCCCUAUAUUUAACGAGAUCUCUUCUAAUACUCAAGCGAGGAUGAACAUAGUUAUUGGUAGCUCAAUCGGCGGGGCUGCAAUGAUAUACGAGAUCAUCGCUAUAUUCGGAUACCUGACUUUCGGCUCCAAGGUUGGACCGAACAUUAUCGCAAUGUACCCGUCAACUUCACUGUUCAUUGCAGUCGGCCAGUUGGCGAUCGCCAUACUGGUGAUGUUCUCCUACCCGCUGCAAGUUCAUCCGUGCCGGAAUUGCCUGGACAAGGUGUUCCACAUGGGACACGUGGUGAAGGCGGUCACAGAAGGGGAGGAAGGGGAAGUUGAAGGCGAGCACGGCAGAAGUCCCGAUAUGAGUCCCCUGAAACAUGUUCUGCUCACGAUCGCGAUCGUCGUCAGCGGAUUCACUAUUGCCUACUUUGUGGAUGACCUGCAGAUGGUGCUAUCGUUCGUUGGCUCCACCGGGUCUACCACGAUCUCGUUCAUUCUGCCGGGGCUAUUCUAUUGGAAGCUCACACACCGCGACCCGAAUGCAAACGGGAGACUGUCGACCGCAGCGCUCGGUCUGGCAAUAUAUGGCAUGUUUGUCUUCGUCUUUUGGUAUGUACUUCAUCGUCGGAUGAAGCGAUGA